GCCGGCGAGGGGCGGGGCUCGCCCUAGGCUGCUCCGGAGGGGCGGCGGCGGAGGCGUGGAGGCAGCGGCGGAGGCUGCAUCCCCGACCCAGCCAGGGAAGGAGUGACCGGGGACGGGGCGGGAGGGCACCGGUGGCCGGCGGGGCGCCUCAGGCCUCGCGUCCACCUGCCCGGCCGCACGCUCUCCCCUGGGUCGGCGGGGCCUGCGCCGGCCCGGACCCAUGGCGGCGUCGGCGGCUCUGUCGGCGGCGGCGGCGGCGGCGGCCCUGUCGGGCCUGGCGGUGCGGCUGUCGCGCUCGGCGGCGGCCCGCGGCUCGUACGGCGCCUUCUGCAAGGGGCUCACGCGCACGCUGAUCACCUUCUUCGACCUGGCCUGGCGGCUGCGCAUGAACUUCCCCUACUUCUACGUGGUGGCCUCGGUGAUGCUCAACGUCCGCCUGCAGGUGCGGAUCGAGUGAGCGGGCGCCGCCGCAGCCCCCGCCGGAGAGUCCCGCGCGCCGGGCCGCGCCGGGCAGGGGCGCCGGCAUGGAGGACGGCCGGCGGGACGCGGCGGGGGCAGGAGGCGGGGCGGCCCGGGCCCCCGGGCCCUAGACCUCCGCGGGGGGGGCGCUGGCCACCCGGCCGCCCAGCCACCCGGCCGGGCCCCGGCCACGACCGGCCGCCCGCCCGCGGCGUGGCCGGUGACCUAUUGCACAGAAACUCUGCCAACGGGCCCUUACUGUCGGGCUCGAGGGGAAAAAACCAAACAAACCAAAAAACGAUUUGAGGGCGGCCGACCUGUUGCCUCACUUUGGCCAGAGCCGGGGAAGCCGCAAGGAAAAAUUCUGCAGCAGGGACUUGACUGGCCCCGAUCCACAAGGAACCAGUGUUCGUAGGUGGUGACCCACCCCUUCCGUGGCCUUGUGGAGAGACUGCAAUCCCUGCCCAGGGGCGGCCCCUGGGCCCAGUGCUGCCUGGGGAGCUGCUGGGCAAAGGGCCUAGCCCGGGAGGAGAGGAAGGACCUUCCAGGCAGAGGCACCGGGUGCUGGGGUAGCCGGUGGUCCCGUUCUGGCAUGGGGAAGGACGUGACCCUGUCACCUCAGCACUGCAUCUCCUAGCGACACUUUGAGGGCGUUCUGUGCUCCCCACCUGAUGAUUGGAAGAGCUGGCUCUGGGACUGGGAGAGAUGUGUCCUUGUCCUACAGAUACGAAGGAGUGGGGCUGAAUCUGCGCCCCGUCUUUGAGAAAACCUGGCUCUGUGGGGGGGGUGCUCAAGGCCCCCCGGGGGACCUAGGGGGAGAGAACGAGGUCCAGGGUAGGGAAUGUGGGGAACUGGCUCUUCUUGGGGUGGUGUGGGAGGCCACAGGGAAGACCGUCAGAGCUGAGAUGGACACAGGAGAGAGUCCUAGAAUGCCUCGCAGAGCGGAGGGCUUUACCCACAAAGCCGGGCCUCGCCUGCCCCCCACCCCAGGCUGGACCAAGAGCUCCUUGGCAGCUGAGUGGCACGGGCCUCUCGGUUUGGGUGGCGGGGUGGGGCUGGGGUGGUGGCGGGGCCCCUGGGCACAGGCUGGAACCAGGAGGGUGAAGGGAUAAACCUGGGAUGGGUCCCCAGGCUCGUCACCCCCCAGUCCGGGAUCCUGCCGGAGAACGACCUCUGGAGGGGCUUGGAUUGGCCCUGAGGCCCCAGAUGUGCGGCUCCUUGGCCCACCAGGAUGGCCAGGCACGACCCCGAGGGGGCCAGGAAAGACCCCGGUCCCCUAGCCACUCUGUCCCCGGUUGCUCUUGGCCCCCAGGCUCCAAAUUCCUGGGACUGAAAACCCAAGCAGCCUGUCCAGCCCCAGGGACAGAGUGGCCCUGUGUCACCCUCCCGCCCUCCUUAGUCGCCGCUCUAGAGGACGGGUCCUGAGUGAAGAGCUCUGCCCACCUCACCCCGGGGA